AUGCCGGAUCUCAAGAGGACCGUCAAGAUUAUUACGGAGCAGAAAGUCAUCCCCAACGCCGAUAGCGGUGUCCCUGGCUUUCCUCUCCGCCACUGGAGCAUCUCGAUCUACCUCCAGCAUGCCGAGAACAAGACUGACGUCCCCGCCGAUAUCUUCAAUGAAGUAACAUACAUGCUACACGAGUCCUUCGGUGACAAGGCCAAGCAAGUUAAGAAGAGUCACCCCUUCCGCGUGGCCGAAGACGGUUGGGGCGAGUUCGAGAUGCAGAUUCUGCUGACCGAUGCCGGCGGCAAGACUCACACCAUCAUCCAUGACCUCAACUUCCAGCAAGCCAAGUACGAAGUCAAACAUGUGAUCAUGUUCAGAAACCCCAAAGCGGGCUCCGACCUCUUCAAUCGGCUGCGUAACUCCGGUCCCGUGCCUGGCGAUACCAAUGGUGACGCUGCUGGAGGCAAGAAGCGCGCGAGCGAGAUCGGCGCCGGUGGUACAGGUUUGCCCAAGAAGAAGAAGGGCGGUGACGGUAAGAGCGUGGACAUGGACAAGCUUGCCGAAGGCCUGCAGAAACUGGGCGAGGAUGAUUUGCUACAGGUCGUGCAAAUGGUGCAUGAUAAUAAGAGCGAAGAGAGUUGGAUGCGAAAUGAUGUCGAGCAGGGCGAGUUCCACGUCGAUCUCUACACCCUGCCAGAGUCGUUAAUCAACAUGCUCUGGACCUUCAGCAAGGAGAAGGGGGUAUUGAGCGAGGUCGCGGCCUAG